AUGCCUCGCAUGAUGGCUGCCGUUCCUAUAGCCCUGAUGGUGCUGGCGAACAUGUUCAAGCUGAGCUCUCAGAAGUACACCAACGAUAGUUACUGCUACUGCUACGAUGUUAGCCCUUAUCUCAAAACUCCUCAGUUCAUCGGGAGAUUCCCUAACGAUUCGGUCAUUUACCUGUCCAAUUCCUACCGCAGGAAUUGGAACGUAAGUGAGUCGGCUCUGGCUGCCACGGACAGGGUGUUGCAUCGCUUCUUUAAGGCGACUGGCUUGAAUUAUAAAAUAAAAUCUAAGGAAUAA